AUGCUUCGCCUCUCCACGCGUGCCCUGCGCCGCGCGCGCCUCACUGUGCCUCGCGACAACCAGAUUACACUCUCGCGUUUGCCGAAGCAUGUUCAGUCGCAAUCCCGGGCUAUGGGUUUCUUUUCGGACUUGAAAAACCAGCUCAAGAACGAGAUGGAGAAGAACGAGGAGCUUAAGAAGUCCUUUGAGGAGCUAGAGAAGACCAAGGAACAGUUUAAGAACGUGGAAAAGGCCGCCAAGGAGAAGAUGAGUGAGGUGAGCUCCAUGACUGAAGAGGCAGCUAAGAGCUUUCAGGAGCAAGCUUCGCAGGCCUCGCAGAAGAUCAAGGAAUCCUACGAGGAAACUGCCAAGGCCGCUGCCGAUGCUAAGAAGGAGAAAGAGGAUGUAAAACCGGCGGACUCAGCGGAUGCUUCUGCUGCUGAUGAUACCAAGAAUGACGGUGCCAAGAUGGAAGGAGGCGAGAAACCUGAACCGACCGACGAUUCUUUGGAUGGUGCGCGUGCUUUUGUGAGAAACUUCUUCACCAGUAUCGCCGCCCAGAAGAACAAGCUGAUCCACCCGAGCAAAUUCCCCAAGCUGCGGGACGAGUGGAAGGAGGCUGCGCAAGAGCUUUUUGGUAAGCGAGAAAAGCAGACGGUUGAUGAGGCCCUGGCCUCGGUUCGAACCCCUUCGGUUCAGAAGCCACAGAAGUCGGAGGGUGAGGAUGAGGAACCGACAGAAUACACUGGCACCAGCGCUUUGGUGGCGGUGAAAGAGGAGGAGAGCGCUUGGCAGCGUGUGAGCGCUCGUUUCCGCGAAGCUCCGAUUAUUCAGGGUAUUCUAGAUGCUGCAAAGCAGGCGGCUAAGACGGAGGCCGGAAAGAAGGUUCAGCAGACGACGAAGCAGGUGAAGGACAAGAUCAGCGAUGCCCAGGAAGAGGUGUUGGAGGUUUGGGAGACCAGUCAGAACCCUUGGGUGUACCGAUUGUCUUCGAUCUAUGACGGGCUUUUUGGCGAAACCCCGAUGGGUGUUGCGAUUAAGGAGAUCCGUCGCGCUGAGCCCGACUUCAUCCUUGAGGAAUGGAAGGAAAAUAUCGAGGAAAUUGUUUUGCCUGGAGUGCUGGAGGCGUUCCUUCGUGGUAACAGCCGUGACUUGAAGAAGUGGUUCGGUGAGGCAGCGUACUCUCGUGUGAACAUCGCAAUUCGUGAGCGAAAGUCGGAGGGCUUGGUAAUGGACCCGCACGUACUCAGCAUCGACAACGUGGAAGUCAUUGAGGCUACGGCUGAAGACAAGCAGGCCCCUAUCAUCCUGAUGCGUUUCCAGGCACAGCAGAUCAACUGCAUCCGCAACCGUGAGGGAGAAGUUGUGGAAGGAUCCGAGGACGAAGUACUGGCCUACUACUACAUCUUUGCCUUCCAGCGCGACUACGAUGAGGAGCAGGAAACCCUCCGUUGGAGAAUCGUGGAUCUUCACAUGCAGCGUGGCGGACGGUAUUAUUAG